AUGACCGAAAUAAUGCAGCAUCCUGUGAACAUUCGCAAACGACGCAUUUUGGAAGCGUUCAAAGAAGAAACUUCUACGCCAACUACAACAAAGGAGAACAGCAGCGAUUUGGUUGGCUUAGACUUGACAACACCCCGUGGCGAGUCACCCACUACUCCACAGGAAAUUAGAAAGAAAUUGGUCUCCCUCGAUAAGGAUGAGGCAAAAAUUAUUGAUAUGAAACUUAAAGUGCUGGAAACUUGGGAACUUAGCAAACGCAGGGGCAUUGAGAAACUUGUCAAAGAUGUCGAAGAACUACAAGAGUUGGAAGAUAAAAUCGAAAAGCUCGAAGAAUUGUUGUACGAGAAAAAUAUCGAAAUCGAUGAGGACAGGUUUGAGGCGUUUUAUCAAAAGCAAGUGCACAUUCAACCAACCAUGGAACCCUUAGAUCUACUGUACGAGUUGCAGCCCCAGACACCCAAGCGCGAGGAACAACAAACAAAAAGAGUUAAGAUUUCAGCAACCUCUACUCCGAUUACACGCAAGCCCGAAAAAGCAGAUAAAGCCGAUAUCAUUGAUAAGUUUGUGGCCAAUGAGGAUGGUAUGGUCAUCAUUGGGCCCAAUGGCACAAUGAUUCCCAAAGCAGCACUCACCGCCAUUAAUUGGUCGCUGUCGGGCGCCGCCUUGACUCGAAAAAUUCUAAUGGAAGUAUUCGAUCGCGAAACUCUUGCCUUCCAUACGCUGACGGGUAAACCUUCGCCGGCUUUUAUGGAUUGUGAUAAGCCCAUGAAAAAUCAAUUGGACACCCUGAAGGUGGCCGAUAUUAUACAUUUGGUGACCCAGCACACCAAUCUUACACCCAAGGAAGUGCGCAAUGCCAUCACCACCAAAUGUGCCGAUGAGAAUAAAAUGUAUCGCCAAAGAGAGAAGAAGCGUUUGAAUGCUGCCCUCAAACUUCAACAGCAACAACAGGAUCAGCAGGGGAAAACUGUUUGAGUAGGAAGAGGCUAGUUUAUCAUCAUUCAUAUUUGUAAAUAGGUUAUGCUAUUUUGUUAUUAUUAUUUUAAGAUGAGACAUCCUUAAGUUUUCUUUAAGACAUGCAAUUGUAAACUAUACACCCCCAACCUCUUGAAAUUGCUUUGUAAUUAUUGUACAUUUUUAUACAUAUUGUAGUUCAUUUUGUAGAGAAGACUAUUACUAUA